GGCCGGCUGUGUUACCUCCUGGAGCUCCUCCUCCUCCUCCUCCUCUUCCUCGUGUUGGCGGUACAUUCAAACUUCAGCAGACAAGAUGACGCACCAUGCGGUUUUAUAUCUGCUUUAUUUGUUUGGAUUCUUCCAUAAAGGUCUCCCAGCUCUGAUCCAAACACAGCACACUGUGAUGGUAAGUGUUGGAAACGAAGCCUGCUUAAACUGUCGGCUGGUUCAGUCUAAAGAUGUCCUUCAGGUCACCUGGCAGAAACUUUCACCUGAGGGCGAGAGGAACGUUGCCACCUUCAACAAAUACUACGGCCAAAGAGUGAACGCUGACUUCAGGGAUAAGGUGGAGUUCAAAGAUGCUGGGCUGCAGAACUGCUCCAUCGUGUUCAGGAGGGUGACGGAGCAGGAUGAAGGAUGCUAUCGCUGCAUGUUUAACACUUAUCCUGAAGGCGCUCUCAAAGUUUCAACCUGCCUCAGACUCUAUGAGCUGCAUGAACCCGUCCUACAUGUAGAGUCAAACUCUGCUGAAGAGGCAGUUGUGUCCUGCUCGGCCACAGGUCGACCUGCUCCCACAGUAACAUUAAGAGUCCUGCAACAAGACCUCCACCUGUCAAACUACAGCUCUGUCAGUGUCACCAACACCAACAGUACAGUCACUGUCACCUCUACAGCUGUGCUGUCUGGUUUCCAUGAUGACCGCACACAGGUUGGAUGUGCAGUACGAGUGCUCUCUGGUCCUCAGAAAGAGGUGUUGAUGAUGAUUCCUGAGGUCAAACAGUCGUCUGCUGAUGCUCUGAAGUCUGAUGACGGCGAUCACUAUUUCACUUGGAUCAUCGUGUUGUUUGUGGUAUUAGCCUUUAUUUGUCUUGCUGUCAUCACCGUCCUGUUUCUACGAAAACGACGACACAGUUCGUCACACAAAGACUCUGAGGCGACUAAGACACCACAAAAACCAACCGAACACCCUCACGAGCAAAAAACACCUUUAAUGCAGCAGGUGAACGAGCACGUAAGGCAACGGAUGUCUACUGGGAAACGUCAUAAAAGGAACAGCCCUAAAACAUCAUCUCCGUCCGUAAAGUGUCAGCUUUUUCCAACAAAUGAAAGUAUAUAGCAACAGAAUCCUACAAGACAAAUUAGUCAAAAUCUGGUGACUUUUUUUUUUUAACAAACUUAGGCUGAAUGUAUAACCUCCAUCUUCCAGAGCAACACAGAACAGUCCCAGUUCAUGAAUAACAAAAUCACAACGAUUCAUUCUCACAGUGAUUAGAUGUGGAUGUUUUUAUACUUUUUAACAUUUGAACAUUGUAACCUCUUUACAUACAGCGCCUUCUUGGCAUUCUCUCGUUCAGGUACAAUUACAUGCUGCUUUCACUUCUCUGUCGUCACGUAUCUUAGUAUACUGCUGCUUCUCUUUCAACGUUUUAAAUACACAAACUAAAUUACGACACUAAAUGAAUGAUGAAAUUACACCAUAUGCAUAAAGUAUAAAUGAUGAAUGAGUCCUGUAUCAGAUGGACACAUUUAAAAUCAAAAUAGUGGUUUAUUUUAAUAGCGAUGUGAUUGGGGGGCAGCUGUGGCUCAGGAGGUAGAGCGGGUCAUCGACUAAUCAGAUGUUCUGUGGUUUGAUUGAAGUGUCCUAAAAAAAUGUAUAUAUGU